AAAAGAUCACACCACUGCUUCAGCUGCCUCACACUCGCACUCAAACACACGCACAGAGACACUCUCUGUUUCUGUCUCUGUGCGACUUUAAUUCCAAGUUCAAACCUCAAUUUGGGCUCAAAAUUCUGACCCGGGUCGCGCCACGUUGGAUGAGUUCGGGCCCGAGGCAAUGGAUCCGCCACUGAUCAAUGAGUCUUCGUUUUCAGCGGCUAACCCGUCCGCGUACAGCUUGGCGGAGAUUUGGCCGUUGAGUGCGGAGCCGGGUAGCGGGGGGCUGGGACUACGGAUGGGUAGCUUGCGUCCGAACCUGGGUGGGGUCGGCGAGAGCUCCGCAAAUCGUGACGGGUCGGCCGAGGAAUCGACGGUGACGGAGCAGAGUGGCGGUGAUGGGAAGAAGAGGAAAGAAGUGAGCUCCGAGGACGAGUCCUCGAAGAUGGUUUCCACUAGUAGUGCGAAUGACUUGAACGAAUCAAAUGGUAAACGGAUGAAACUUGCUGGAUCCCGAAAUGAAAAUGGUGGUUCAAAAGCUGAAGUGGAAGCUAGUUCAGCGGCUGGUGACAAGCCAGCUGAAGAAAACACUAUACAUUCAGAGCCACCUAAGCAGGACUAUAUUCAUGUGAGAGCGAGAAGGGGCCAAGCUACUGAUAGCCAUAGUCUGGCAGAGAGAGCAAGAAGGGAGAAGAUCAGUGAGAGGAUGAAAAUUCUCCAAGAUUUGGUCCCUGGAUGUAACAAGGUUAUUGGAAAAGCACUUGUCCUUGAUGAGAUAAUUAACUACAUCCAGUCGUUGCAACGCCAGGUUGAGUUCCUCUCAAUGAAGCUUGAAGCAGUUAAUUCAAGGAUGAGCUUGAACCCCACCAUUGAGGGCUUUCCUUCAAAAGAUCUUGAUUCACAGACAUUUGAUGCUUCUGGGAUGAUAUUUGGAUCACAACCAACGAGGGAAUAUGCUCAAAGCUCGCAGCCUGAAUGGCUACAUAUGCAGGUUGGUGGUAGUUUUGAAAGAGCAAUUUAAUCAAUCUCAUGAGCAUAAGCAGAUCAACAGCACAACUGGUACUUCAGGUAUCUUCAUCAUAGGUUUCUCUACAUCUGGUGCUGAAAUGUGUUUCCUCUCUGUUAGAAUGUUCCUAAAUUUGUAAUAUGAGAUCAUUUGUAGAAAAUGAAUUGAUCUUCUUAUGUACCAUCUGACUGGAUACGCUUUAGUCAAUUGUACUAGUAAGCAGACAAAAUAUCCUAGGGUGAAUUUUGUUCUUCAGCCGUGUAAGCAAAGGACUGUGCUUCCAGGAAUUUAUUUAUAAAUUCUUAUUCCUUGUUACUGUA